AGGGGCAAUACCCCAACAUGACCGCCGACGAGCGCGGCUGACCGAGCCGACCGGUGUCCAACAUGUGGAGCUUUCCGGUAGCCGUACUCCUUGGCAUCAGCUCCCCGGUUGGGGGCAUCCAGCUCUUAUGCGACCUGCUGGGAGUCCUGCACCGACAGGAGGAACUCUGCAGCGAGGAGCUCACAGCGGAGCAGAACAACGCGUCCAUCAAACAGUGGGCACAGGAGGGAUGCGCAGGAAUGUGGGAUAAUCUGAGCUGCUGGCCGUCGGUCGCCCUCGGAGACACCGUCAUCAGACCGUGCCCAGAGAUCCUGCAAAUCAUCACCGGGACCAAAGGGUUUGUGUAUCGAAACUGCACAGAAGACGGGUGGUCCGGGACGUUCCCCCCGGUGCACGUGGCCUGUGGGUACGACGUCAAUGACACCGUUUUUGAGGAUGUGAAAACCUAUUACAUGCACCUGAAGACGCUGUACUCGGUGGGUUACGGGACGUCGCUGGUGUCUCUGUCGCUCGCUCUGCUCCUCUUGGCCUCGUUCAGGAGGCUCCGUUGCACUCGCAACUACAUCCACAUGCACCUGUUUGCGUCGUUCAUCUUGCGAGCGAUGUCCAUCUUCAUUAAGGACGCCGUGCUCUUCUCUGCGGAGGACGCUCAGUACUGCAGCGUUUACUUGGACGGCUGUAAAUACAUCAUGAUUUUCUUCCAAUACUGCAUCAUGGCCAAUUACAGCUGGCUGCUGGUGGAGGGGCUCUAUCUGCACACCCUGCUCGUCGUCUCCUUCUUCUCCGAGUGGAAGUACUUCUGCUGGUACAUUGCCCUGGGCUGGGGCUCGCCUCUGGUGUUUAUCAUAGCCUGGUCCAUCUGCCGGCAUCUGUAUGAGAACAUUGGUUGCUGGGACAUUAAUUCCAACGCCAGCGUCUGGUGGAUUAUCCGAGGGCCCGUCGUUCUGUCCAUAUUUAUUAACUUCAUCCUCUUUGUACGAAUUAUACGAAUCCUGAUGAAGAAACUGAGGACGUCCGACGUCUGGGGGAGCGAUUUGGGGCAAUACAAGCGGCUCGCGAGGUCUACGUUGCUGCUGAUCCCACUUUUCGGGGUGCAUUACAUCAUCUUCGCCUUCUUCCCUGAAGAUGUCAGCAGUGGAACCGUAGAGAUCCGUCUGUCCUUCGAGUUGGCCCUGGGAUCCUUCCAGGGCUUCGUCGUGGCCGUCCUUUACUGCUUCCUCAACGGAGAGGUCCAGUUUGAGAUCCAGCGGAAGUGGCGAAGAUGGCACCUGAGGGAUUACUUCUGGUUACGGCAGCAAAAGAACUCCGUGGUCAGCAAUGGCGGCAGCGCCCUCACCCAGGUGAUGCAGGUCAGCAGGAGCAGCCAGAGGGAGCAGAGAUCCUCCAUCGGCCAGAAAUCCAGCAUCAUGUGAGCAGAGAUCCCAAAAGAUCACCCAGCCUCGUGCGAACGGGGAUCCAGAGAGAUCUCGCUGAUCCAGCCUCGUGAGAACAGGGAUCCAGAGAGAUCUCGCUCAUCCAGCCUCAUGAGAACAGGGAUCCAGAGAGAUCUCGCUGAUCCAGCCUUGUGAGAACAGGGAUCCAGAGAGAUCUCGCUGAUCCAGCCCAUCAUCAUGAUCACUAAACCCAGGAUUUCAGAUUCAUGGACCGGGGAUCUAGAAACAGACUCCAGAUCCAGAGCUGCGAAACCGACCCGCCAGAUUUCACCUUUCCCAAUCCCAACCUGCCCAAAUGAAAUAAAAGAUCCCUUUUCAUUUUGACUGUGUAGGUAUUGGAGAUGGGAUCUGUUAACCCCUCGCAGACACGUUGGGUUUUUUCUGUGAUUUUUAUUACAUUGCGUUCUUUGUACUCGUCCCGUUCCACUUACUUUGCUCCGUGC